AUGGUCCAAUAUGUUAUUCUUGUGGUGUUUAAGGACAUGUUCGACGUGACUGUUUCAAGUCUGUUCAAGAAGCUAAUCAUGGAGGAAUUGGGCUCAAGAAUACGUGGUUUAAGAGAUUUGAUCACUAUGGAGAUGGUGGAAUGGGAUUUCAUCCUCACUUCGGAGGAUAUGGAUCUUCAUGUGGUGGAAGUAGCUUUUGAUCCAAAUAUACCACAUAGCAAUGAUUACGAAAGAGUCAAGAUCAGGCUUGAUGUUUCUAAACCUCUUAGCAAAUCAAAGGUUAUCAAUCUUCCAGAAGGAGGUCAAGCUACUAUUAUGUAUGAGUAUGAAAGGAUACAAAAAAGAUGUUUCCACUGUCAGCGCUUAACUCAUGAGCAAACUUCUUGUCCUUUAAAGCUGAGAACCCUUCGAAAUCAGUCGAAUCUGGCAGUUUUUAGAAAGGAAGGUUCAUUGGUGGCUAAGGAAAAAGUCUUAAAGGAAUCUGAUCCCUUAUUUAGUGUGCUUGAUGACAAUCAAGUAGGAAUUAAUCCGGCAACAGGAAGGCAAAGAAUAGCUGAGGAAGUUCUUGAUGGCAUGAGACAGUAUCUUCUUGCAGCUUCAGUUCCGGAGAAACUUGUAAGGGAGCAUAGGAUCAAAUCUUCGCUGGCUGACUUAUGGAAUGAUCCUAUCGCUCAAAAAUCUUUCCGUAGUCUGGAAUCUAUUCCGGUAAUAACAAAAGAGAUAGAUAAAGGAAAAGGUCCAGUCUUCGAAUAUCAGAGCUCGGUUCCUUCAAAGUUAACUCCCCAAUCUUCCGGUUAUCAGAACAAGCUUUUGGCUUCUGCCAUUCAGGCUGGAAGAGUUAUCAAUGAAGCUUCAAGACCGGAAUACUUUUGUUCUGAAGGCUCUGGAAAUAGUUUUUAUGAAAACUCUACUGCAUACUUGGAUUUCUCUUCAGUCAAUUCUGACAACGUGGGUGAAGCUUCUUCUUCUGGUACAGCUCGGGGUAUUAAUUCUGGUAAAGCAAGAAGAAGGCCUUCCAGAAGUCAGCGCAAGCCCAAUGAAGCCAUUAUUCAGUUCAACUGUCCCAGUAACUCGACUCCCGUAGUUAAGAGAAAAGCUGACGAGAAAGAAAAGCAAGGUUCAUCGAUAAAGCGAAAGCUUAAUGAGGCGGUCCCAAUGGAGGGACUGCCCAAAGAUUUAUGA